AUGGCCAGUGCUAUCAAGAGUGCGCUGCCUACCCACCUCAAGCCCAACAGCGGCGAUGAGCAGGGCAAUGAGCGUCGUCAUGGCAAGACGCGCAGUCACAUGGCUUUCGAGAACACCUCCACCAACGUCGCUGCUGCUCAGAUGCGAAAUGCUCUGACCAACCUCGCCGAGACCGUCAAGGAUCCCGAACAAAAGAAGGCAAGUCCUUCAAACCGAAACAUGUGA